CCGUUUCCUCAGGUGCGGCGGCUGCAGUGGGUGGACACGCGGGACCGUGACGGCUCAGUCACUGUGUUUCACUCCUGCAGUGGAGGAAAAACACACUCUUUUUUUUAUUAAAGCUGGAGCGAUGACGUCAGGAUCGCGGUGACUGAGUGAGUGAGUCCAGGUGUGGCUGUCUGUGAUUCUUACCUGUCCUCCUACCUGCUGCGGGACAGUGAGCGUGCGCGCGCGCGCGCUGGAGCCCAAGAUGCCCACGAUGCCGGAAGUGAUUAGCGUCACGGAGUUCGUAUCGGAGACUAAUGAGGACUACAAAGCUCCGACCACGUCCAGCUUCACCACCCGGAUGUUACAUUGCAGGAACACGGUGUCAGUGCUGGAGGAGGCUCUGGAUGUCGACCGCACGGUUCUGACCAAGAUCAAGAAGUCCGUGAAGGCCAUCAACACAUCUGGUCAGGCUCACGUGGAGAAUGAGGAGCAGUACGUCCAGUCCAUGGAGAAGUUUGGGGACCACUGCGUCCGUAGAGAAGACGCCGAGGUCGGCUCCGCCUUCCUGAAGUUUGCCGUUUUCACCAAAGAGCUGGCGGCGCUUUUCAAAAACCUGCUGCAGAACAUGAACAACAUCAUCAGUUUCCCUCUGGACAGUCUGCUGAAGGGAGACCUGAAGGGAGUCAAAGGGGACCUGAAGAAGCCGUUUGACAAAGCGUGGAAGGAUUACGAGACCAAACUAGUGAAGCUGGAGAAGGAGAAGAGGGAACACGCCAAGCAGCACGGGAUGAUUCGCACAGAGUUCAGCGGCGGAGAAAUCGCAGAGGAGAUGGAGAAGGAGCGACGACUCUUUCAGCUGCAGAUGUGUGAGUACCUGCUCAAAGUGAACGAGAUCAAAGUGAAGAAAGGCGUGGACUUCCUGCAGAACCUGGUCAAGUAUUACCACGCUCAGUGCAAUUUCUUCCAGGACGGACUGAAAGUCGUGGAGAGUCUGAAACCGUCUGUGGAGAAACUGGCUGCAGAUCUGAGCACGAUCAAACAGGGUCAGGAUGGAGAGAGGAAACAGCUGACUCAGCUUCGAGACAUGCUGAAGACUUCACUGCAGUCUGAGCAGAAAGAGGACACCCAGGCGAAGCAGAGCGCCGGCUACAGUCUUCAUCAGCUGCAGGGAAACAAGGCCCACGGCACCGAGCGCUCCGGAGUCCUCUACAAGAAGAGCGAAGGGCUGAGGAAGGUGUGGCAGAAGAGGAAGUGCUCAGUAAGGAACGGUUUCCUGACCAUCUGUCACGGCACGGCCAACAGACCUCCAGCCAAACUCAACCUGCUCACCUGUCAGGUGAAGAGGAACCCGGACGAGAAGAAGAGCUUCGACCUGUUCUCGCACGACAGAACCUACCACUUUCAAGCCGAGGACGAGGCCGAGUGUCAGGUCUGGGUGUCAGUGCUGCAGAACAGUAAAGAGGAGGCUCUGAACAAAGCCUUUAAAGGAGACCAGGACGAAGGCGAGAACAACAUCGUCCAGGAGUUAACCAAAGCCAUCGUAGGAGAGGUGAAGAGGAUGAGCGGCAACGAUGGCUGCUGUGACUGUGGAGCCCAAGGCCCCACGUGGCUGUCCACCAACCUUGGUGUGUUGAUCUGCAUCGAGUGUUCAGGGAUCCACAGAGAGAUGGGGGUCCACUACUCCAGGAUCCAGAGUCUGGACCUGGAUGUCCUGGGAACCUCGGAGCUGCUGUUGGCGAAGAACGUCGGCAACGCCAGCUUCAACGAGAUCAUGGAGGCAGAUCUGACGACGCAGAACGUCACCAAACCGGAGCCGAGCAGCGACAUGCAGGUGAGGAAGGACUACAUCACGGCCAAGUACACGGAGAAGCGCUUUGCCCAGCAGCUGUGUCCCGACGCCGCGUCCAGGCUGCAGGCGCUGUACCAGGCCGUCAGGAACCGAGACAUCCUGGCCCUGAUCCAGGUCUACGCUGAGGGCGUGGACCUGAUGGAGUCCAUCCCACAGUCGAGCGAACACGAACCUGGAGAGACGGUGCUCCACCUGGCUGUGCGCAUGGUCGACAGGAACUCGCUCCACAUCGUGGACUUCCUGGCACAGAACAGUGGGAACCUGGACAAGCAGACGAUUAAAGGCAGCACGGCGCUGCACUACUGCUGCCUGACCGACAACAGAGAGUGUCUGAAGCUGCUGCUGAGAGGACGAGCGUCCGUGUCCAUCACAAACGAGGCAGGCGAGACACCGCUGGACAUCGCCAAGCGUCUGCGACACGUAGAGUGCGAAGAGCUGCUGACUCAGGCUCAGACGGGAAAGUUCAAUGUCCACGUUCACGUCGAGUACGAGUGGCGUCUUCAGAACGAGGACUUGGACGAGAGUGAGGACGAGAUGGAGGACAAGCCCAUCCCUAACCGCCGUGACGAGCGUCCUGUCAGCUGCUUCGUGUCAGGCUCCUCCCCCAUGCAGCCCAACAUGGCGGCGUUGGCGCGGGACGCCGCCUCCCUGGCACGGGACAAACAGAGGCCACCGGUCGCCAGCACCAUCAUCAGCAACGAGACCUACGGGACCAUGUUGGACAUCAACCUGCUGCCGACCGGACCGACGCCCCCACUGCCUCCCCGAGGACCACACAGAGGAUCAGGUCAUGGUAAACCUGUCGCCAUGGAAACUGUAGGAAGACAGCGGUCGUCGUCAGACCCGCACAUCCCUCAAACCCCUGAGAGGAACUCAUCCAUGUACGUGCUCCCAGCGGCUCCUCCCCCUCCUCCUCCUCCUCCUCCUCCUCUAGGAAACAGGAAGUCCAUUCUGUCUGAGACCAAAUCCGGGUCAGCCCGGAACACGCCCCUCCCUCCUCUGCCUCCUCCGCCGGCUCUGGGACUCCCCUCUGUCCCCCCAGUCCCAUCACCACCUUCUAUACCAGCACCACCCCACUACAAGGCUCCACCCCUGCCCCCACCUGUCCCCGUCCACCAGAGCAGCAGAACACCAGGACCUCCAGGACCCAAGUCUCCCAAAUCUCCUACGUCACCCAAAUCACCCACUGGAUCAGUGAAACGUCCUCCACAGAGACCUUCAGUGAGGGACAGAGUCUCCUCUCAGUCCAGAUCUCCUCAGAGUCCGAAUCCUCCCACACCCAAACCCAGAACCACCUUCUCUAAGCAGAAGCCUCAGAGAGUGAAGGCCAUCUACAACUGCAAAGCUGAUCAUCCUGACGAGCUGACCUUUGUGGAGGGGGAGGUGAUCGUGGUGGAGGGGGAGGAGGACGGGGAGUGGUGGAUCGGCCACGUUGAAGGAGAGCCGACCAGACGAGGAGUGUUUCCCGUCACUUUUGUCCACUUCAUCACCGAGUGACGGGGACGGCGCCGGCAAGCAGAGUCCACUUCCUGUCCCUGUUGUUGUCGUCGUUGUCUUUGAUCUGAGCAAACAAACAAACAGGAUUCAUUCCUCUUUUAAAUGUCGAGAGCUGACGCAUGUCUCUUCAUUUUAUUUUCUAAUAUUUUGUGUUUUAUUUUUAAUUUUUAGUAAAAAAAAAAUGUUUAAAUAUCUCGGUUUCUACACAACAUUUCAGGAUAAAUUUAUAAAAAUGUGUUUUAGAGUCUGAAAGUGGACAAAAGUAUGUGGACAGCCUGUUAAAGUCUGAUGGUCCAGGUUCAUUUUCAUUUACUCUCAUGUUAUUAUAAUAAACUUUAAUAACGCUG